AUGGCGCGUGUUGAAACAACCCCUAGCAGGCCGUACCACCUAGUUAUCUUCGGAGCCUCUGGGUUCACUGGCCAGUUUGUGGUGGAGGAGGUGGCCCGGACAGUGAAUGAGGGUCCGAAAGGGACCCUGAAGUGGGCCGUGGCAGGCAGGAGCAAGCAGAAGCUGGAAAAGGUUCUGGAGCAGGCCGCUGGAGUACUCAGUAAGCCUGAGUUGAGGUCAGAGGUGGAUAUCAUUGUGGCAGAUGUAGGAGAACCAGACUCCCUUGCAGCCAUGUGCAAACAGGCCGUGAUUGUUCUCAACUGUGUUGGGCCUUACAGAUUCUUUGGCGAGCCAGUGGUCAAAGCCUGUGUGGAGAAUGGAGCCCACCAUAUGGACAUCAGUGGAGAGCCUCAAUUUCUGGAGGGCAUGCAGUUGAACUACAGCGGUCAGGCAGCUGACAAAGGUGUCUACAUCAUUGGGAGCUGUGGAUUCGACUCCAUACCUGCGGACAUGGGAGUCGUCUACACCAGGGACCAGUUUAGAGGAACACUAACUGCAGUGGAGAGCUUCCUGACUGUCAAAGCAGGAUCUGAGGGUGGAUGUAUCCACGAUGGCACAUGGCAGUCAGCUGUUUAUGGUUUUGCCGACAGCCAGAAGCUCCAGAGUCUCAGGAGGAAAUUUAAUUACAAACCUCUUCCUACAGUUGGCUCCAAACUGAAGCGCAGGGGAACAUUGUUCUUCAGUAAUGAGAUCCAGCAGUAUACGAUGCCCUUCAUGGGCUCUGAUGUCUCUGUUGUGAAAAGAAGUCAGCGCUACCUGGCAGAGGAACAGCAAGCUGUACCGGUUCAGUAUGGAGCGUAUGCAGGAGUCGGAGGUAUCGGAAAUGUUAUCAAGCUAAUGUUUGCUGGCAUGAUGUUCUGGUUCUUAGUCAAGUUCAGUUUCGGACGCAGCCUGCUCAUCAAGUACCCGGAGUUCUUCUCUUUCGGACUUUUCUCCAAGGCGGGACCAACUAGAAAACAGAUGGAGGCAUCAUCCUUCCAGUUUGCCUUCUAUGGAGAGGGCUACACAGAUGGGCAGGAUCCCUCCCAGGGAAAACCUAACGGCAAGAUCCGCACACUGGUUCAAGGACCAGAAUGUGGAUAUGUGGCCACGCCCAUUGCCAUGGUACAGGCUGCUCUAACAAUCCUCAACGAGUCCACAUCCUUGCCCAAGACGGGAGGAGUGUAUACUCCAGGAUCUGCUUUUGCAAAAACCACGCUGAUUGACCGCCUCAACAAACACGGCAUCCAGUUCUCUGUCGUCUAAAGUUUGUUCCCCUGUCUGACAUCAUUGCUCCAAUUUUUUUUCCAGCACUUACUAAUAUGGAUAACAACCAAUGGGGAGUUUCCAACCUAAAAAAGCUAUUUCAUGACGAGAGUCUUGACCGGAGAGGGAGUCCACUUCCAGAUUAACACCAUUUUUGAAGGUAUACUUGGUGUUUGUUUUUUUACAUUUGGCAGAGCUGCGAUAGCAUUUCCCAGCCCAGGACAGUGAGAGGAAAACUUAGGUGGAAAUGGGUUUAACUUGGCCCUCCACUACCAUGAUUAUUGGCAAUGAAGGCAGAAUUUAGGCCAGUAUUUGGUCAAAGUCAUGCUUUUCAACACAUUUUAGAGACCGUGUAAUUCGUAUUUGGAUUGGAUAGAAACAUGUGGACUGUUUAUACUGCAGACCUGAAAAUACUGUCAUCUGUAACAGUAUAAGAAAUCAAUCCCCAUAAUUGUAGUCCUCUUAGCAUGCAGUAGCUUUAAAUGCACCAGAGCAUCGCUCACUAGUACCAUGGUAGCCAUAUGUGUGUUGUUCUGGUUCUGUGGAGUAAAGUUGUCAACGGAGAACAGAAACAUGCUCUGUGUGCGUGUGUGUGUGUGUGUGUGUGCGCGUGUGUGCAUGUACGUGUUUGUCUUUCCUAGCCUGGCCUGUAAGCUAAAAAUCCUAAUUGCUUUUUUUUUUUGGCAGUUGAAUAGUUGGACUAUCAAUAACUCAUCUGACUUUCCUUAGUGCUUGUUCUUUGUAGAUGAAUGUUGCAGCGGUUCACCUAUACCAAUGUUUGUUUUUGAGCCUUGUCAGAAAAUGCAUUAAGUUGUUUGUGCACAAAAACAGCAUGAAUUGCUGUAUGAAACUGAAUGGAUCUUCUCUGCUGUUUAGUUAACAAGCGUGCGUUAAUAUGUUUCUUUCCUGUGGACUGGCAUAGUUUCAUCAACAAAAUAAUGCCAUUGAUCUGAGUCCUGACUUGUUUUUCUCGUUUGAGAGUUUGAGCAUUAUGUGCACAUGACAAGCUGUUUUGGGGGUUUUGUUUUGGUGUGCUUUGCUUUGUAUGGGCCUCGUGAAUAAAACUCUGCUCAUGGAAA